AUGUUUGGAAUUAAUGUAAAUAAGAGUCCUGGAUCGGAUAGUUAUGGUAGUGGGUUCUUCAAAGCAGCAUGGAGUGUAGUAGGGCAAGAUGUGUGUGCUGCAAUACAGGAAUUCUUCAAAACUGGCAAAUUGUUGAAACAGUUAAAUGCUACAAUAAUUUCCUUAAUUCCAAAGGUUAGCAAUCCAACAGAUGCAACCCAAUUCAGACCUAUCUCCUGCUCAAUCUUUUCUGUCAAAGUUAAUGGUGAUAGUUAUGGCUAUUUCAAAGGAAAACGGGGAUUGAGAUUGUUAUUUGUUCUGCUCAUGGAAUACUUGAGCAGGGUGCUGAAGAAAAUGAGUCAGCUACCAGACUUUAGAUAUCAUCCUAUGUGCAAAGAGAUGCAACUAACACAUUUAACAUUUCCAAAUGAUUUAAUGAUUUUUUGUAAGGGUGCAGAAUCUUCUGGAGCUAUUUUUAUCCUCCCACAAAGUGUAUUGAAGGUAGUUGAUAAGAAGUGUAGAGAGUUCCUGUGGGGAAGUAACAAGGAAGGAAGGAAAAUGGCUCUAGUUUCCUGGGACACAGUGUGUAAACCAAAGAAGGAAGAAGGGUUGAAUGUGAAGAGUAGCAAAAAAUGGAACCUGACCUCUGUUGGAAAACUCAUAUUUCUGUUGAUAACAAAUAAGGAGAAAUUGUGGGUAAAAUGGAUCCAUGGAAUCUACAUGCAACCUAAUGAAGAUUUCUGGACUCAUAUACCAUCUGGAAGCAGUAGUGGGUAUUGGAAAAACUUAAACAAUAUCAAAUUGGGGAUGCAGCACUGGUACAAAAAUGAUAGAUACAUCCUAAGUGCAAAUGGUAUGUUUUCUGUCAAUCAGAGCUAUCUUGCAAUAGUAGGACAAGGAGGAAUCAUUGAUGCAUAUGAGGUCAUCUGGAGUAGCUUGAUCCUACCUAAACAUAGGUUCAUCCUAUGGUUAGCAUAUCAUAGGAAACUAAUGACUAAAGAUAGAAUGGCAGACAUGGGGAUACAAUGUGACAAUGCAGAAUGUGUGCUAUGUGAGAAGCAAGAAGUGGAGGAUGCAAUGCACUUGUUUACAGAAUGUCCAUGGACAAGAGCAGUAUGCACUGAGGUGCUGCAAUGGGUAAAGGUGCAAAUACCACUAGUGGAGACUAGGCUGGUCCUGCAAAGUAUCAAGCAGAAACAAUAG